AUGGAAGUGAAUUUGGCCAAGGACUAUAGAAAAUGUGAAUGGGAAUUCACUCAGCAUGAGGACAAUGUUAAUAAUGGUCCAGAUUCAGCUCAGACUGUGAGGGACGGUGCCGUCCUUCCAACAGAUAAGAGGUUUUCCUGUACUGAGUGUGGGAAAUGUUUCCAUUUUAAAUCUGGUCUUACUGUGCAUAAAAGAUCUCACACAGGGGAGAAGCCGUAUUCCUGUCCUCAGUGCGGAAAAUGCUUUUUAAAUUUUUCCCAUCUUUAUAGACAUCAGAAAUCUCACACGGGGGAGAAGCCACUUUCCUGUCCUGAGUGCGGGAAAUGUUUUUCACAGAAGUACAAUCUUUACACACAUCAGAGAUCUCAUAGUGGGGAGAAGCCGUAUUCCUGUCCUGAGUGUGGAAAAUGUUUUUCACGAAAGUCCAGUCUUUACACACAUCAGAGAACUCACACGGGGGAGAAGCCACUUUCCUGUUCUGAGUGCGGGAAAUGUUUUUCAGAUAAAUCCAACCUUAUUAUACAUCAGAGAUCUCACACGGGACAGAAGCCAUAUUCCUGUCCUGAGUGUGGGAAAAGUUUUUCACGCAAUUCCAGUCUUUACACACAUCGGAGAUCUCACACGGGGGAGAAGCCAUAUUCCUGUCCUGAGUGUGGGAAACAUUUUUCACGGAAGUGCGAUCUUUACAGACAUCAGAGAUCUCACACGGGGGAGAAGCCGUACUCCUGUACUGAGUGUGGGAAAUGUUUUUCGGAUAAGUCCAAUCUUUACAGACAUAAGAGAUCGCAUACAGGGGUGAAGCCAUAUUCCUGUCCUGAGUGCAAGAAAUGUUUUUCAGAUAAGUCCAAUCUUUGCAGACAUCAGAGAUCUCACAUGGGAGGAGAAGUCACGUUCCUGUCCUGA